AUGAUCCCUCGGGAUAGUCUCGGCCUCUAUAGCUUUCGAGAAUCGUUAGAAGUCCCUAGGGACUUCCAUCAUGACAUCUUCCACCACCAUCCUGGUGCUGGCCAUUAUCAUGGCCUGCAUUUCAUCCGCUCGCCUCCUCUCUCUCCCUGGAUCGACAUUGAUUGCAUGCCUUUGAAUCCAUUAGAUAAUAUGCCAGAAGCUCUGAGGACGCAGGUUGGUGCCGGAAAAGCCUCUUUUAUGACUAAAGAGCCACAGAUUAAUGGAAAUUCAAAUUUUGGGGGGUGUGAAACACAUUCUUCACCUGUGAAGGAAAAGGUUGCUACAGUCGACAACCUCUGUGCACCAGCAGGUUGUGCUCAAUCGUGUAAAAUGACACACCAUCAAGCUAAGGAAGCUGAUAUACAGGCACUCUCUGAACUAAAGCGUGUGUUAGAUAAAAAGGAGACAUUGUUGAUGGAGCUUCAAAGUGUGAACAGUGACAUAAUUGAAAACCAAAGUGGCAUAGAAUGCUUAAAAGAUUAA